AUGACUGAUUCAUUUCGAACUACUGCUACCGCUUUAAUUCAACACGAUACAAAUCUAUGGACAUACGAAGGUUCAGUUACAAUGCUAUACGGUCUCUUCCGUCUCCCUACUCGUAUGACAAUUAUUCGUUUAUCAAAAUCCAAUCAAUUGAUCGUCAUAUCACCCUUUCCACCGACUGAUCUACUACAGACCUUAUUAGCAGAAAUCGGGCAAGUUCAGUACAUAAUUAUUCCGAAUGAACAUCAUACUUUUUGGGCACUCAAAUUUCUCGCACGAUAUCCUCAAGCUUAUCUCAUUGCCACAAGUGAAAUGAAGUCAGAUGAAAAAUUUCGAAAACAUGUCCAUGCUUAUUUUACAAACGACGGUUUGGAAUGCAAUCCUCAUUGUACAACAACUCUCUCCUUCGAUUGGCCAGUUCAGGAUGUAGAAUAUUACUGUUUUUAUCAUAUAAAGUACAUUCACGAAGUGCUGUUUUACCACCGACCAACAUCAACGUUGAUUGUUACUGAUUUGGCUUUCAAUUAUUAUGAAGAAUCAUCUGAACAGCGAAUCCGUGCGCAAGGCUUUCUCUUUCGAACGUACCUAUGGUUAGCUGACGGUUACCGGCGUGCUUGUGUUACUAAACCAUUUCAAUACUUUUUCAAAAAAGAUCUCGAAGGAAAUAAGCAGGACUUUGAUGAAAUGCUGACACGCUAUCGCAAUUUCGAUCGUCUGAUCGUUGCACACGGAAUGGUUAUCGAACAUGGAGGUUACGAUGCAUUGAAAUCAGGAACGUAUAAAUUCUUUCUAGAUUGCUACAAAAAAACAAAAGAACGUCCACGCAGCUGGUCUACUGAAGCUAAACUUGGAAUUGGCUUAGUCACAGGUACGGUACUUCUUUACCUAUGUCAACGUUAUUUUUCUCCACGAAGUUUAUUAACAAAAUAA